UCGGAACCAGCUCAUGGAUUGAGUGGUAUGUAACCUUAAAAAUGGAGGAUGCUUCACAUGUGCAAGUUAAAUUUUUUACCAAGCAGUCUAAGUACUCUGUACCAGACACACCAUAUUCUGUACCAGUAACCGUCAAUGCUGCUGAACUGAGCUCCCUCAUCAAUGGCAUAUUGAAAGAGAGUAUUGAUACAGAUUUCAGUGGGAAUUUUGACUUCCUUAUUGAUGGCGAGUUUCUGCGCGUGAGUCUAGAUCGAUACUUGGAGCAAAGUGCAGUCUCGUCUGAGACCGUACUGCAGAUAGAGUAUGUUGAGCGACACCCCGCUCCUAAACCAGAAGACUCUCUCAAUCAUGACGACUGGGUUAGCGCUGUGCAUGCAACCAGAGACUGUAUACUUACGGGCAGUUAUGACAACACAUUACAUCUAUGGACAAAAGAAGGGGAUCUUCUACACACUAUUCCAGGGCACACUCAUCCAGUGAAAUGUGUCUCAUGGAUAAAUCAUGAAGCAGGGAAGGAGGGCAGUUUUCUGUCGGGAUCCCAUGAUCAGACUGUCCUUUUGUGGCAUUGGAAGGAGCUGGGCAAUGAGGUGGAGGCCGUACAUUGUUGUAGAGGACAUGCUGGCAGUGUGGAUUGUGUGGCUGUGAACCAGUCUGGAGAUAAGUUUUGCACAGGAUCCUGGGACAAAAUGUUGAAGCUGUGGUCAGCAGAACUAAGCCCAACAGACAGUGAAGAGAUCAUGGAUGCUGAAGAUAUACCUAAAAAGAAGAAGAAGAUGAGUAGGGCUGGAAUGACGACUCGGGUGCCGAUAUUGACGCUAUCUGGUCACACAGAGGGUGUGUCGGGCAUCGUGUGGCUGGGGGAGGACCAGGUGUUCACUGCCUCCUGGGACCACACCCUGCGUCUGUGGGAUCUGCAGAAGGCUGAGCAAGUCACAGCACUGCAAGGCAACAAGGUGUUUCUGAGUGUGGCAUAUUCCACGAGGAGUGGCCUCCUAGUUACUGGGUCUGCAGAUCGACAUGUUCGGCUUUGGGACCCUCGAUCAUCAGAAGGGUCCAUUGUCAAGUGCACCUACACGUCUCACCAGGGCUGGGUGUCCAGUGUAGCCUGGUCCCAGACUAGUGAACACCAGUUCAUAUCGGGUUCCUAUGACAACCUCAUGAAAUUGUGGGACAAACGGAGCCCUAAGGCUCCUUUAUACAACCUAGUGGGUCACACUGACAAGAUCCUCUCUGUAGACUGGUCCAUACCAUCUCUAUUACUCUCAGGAGGGGCAGAUAAUCAGCUGAGAAUCUUCCAGUACGAAGAAGUGACUGUCUAGUGAAAGCAGCAUUUGUGAACUUAACAAUUGAAUUGAUAAUAUAAUUAUUUUAAUGCCACACAGUGCGUUUCCCAUUUUAUUAUGUGUGUUUUGUGCAUGGUAAAUGGCUUCAUUGCUACACACAUCAAACACAAUGCACAAAUAUUAGAUGUACCUCAGUAAUCAGGGGUAGUAGUGUCUGAGUGACCAACACCGUUUCAGACUAAAGGAUAAACCAUUCACUUAGAUCUAAGAAUUAAAAAGAUUUGCAUACUAGUAUACAGGCUUCUGGCGCUUUAGCAUGUUAUUUUAUUAACAAGUUUCAGGAUAUAAUUAGAUAGGGUAAUUGGGAAGUUACACUCAAUAUUUCAUUACUAUAUUGUAAAUCAGGAAAGAUUGCACUAAUUGGUACCUUCACGUACUUCAAGGUUAGUCCCGUCAUAAACUGCUCAUAACUGCUGUGGAAUUACUGUAGCUCAAACUUUACAAAAAACCUUGAAUUGUUUUGGCAAUUGUUAAGAUGUAAGUUUUUAUGGAACCAAUCGUCGCAGGAUUUUGGCUAAGUAUGUUCACUUACCGGUAGUAUAUAUACCCUCUACAAAAUUGAAAAUAGUUUUAUAAUUGUUGUACAUGCAACUUGUGUCUGUGUCCAAACAUAUAUCUCUUAGGGACAUUAGUGUUGUGCUGUAUUGCGUUGUAAGCUAUUUAUUUACUGAAAACGUGCAUUGGUCAUCUCUGACCUAUAAAAAAAUUAGAGCAUUAGAAAAUCGAACAUCAAUAACUUUAGCGGCUAUUUGUGCAAUCAAUAAACUGUUGAAAACGUUUCAACAAAAACGUAAUCAUUCAUACUAAUGAAAACAUAGGUACGCAAAUCAGAGUGUUGAUAUAAUGAUGUUAAAUACUCAACAACUGUUAUGGCACUUUAAAUACCGGUGUAACAGCUUUCAACUCCACGUUUAUUGAGUUGUAUUAUGUAAACUGAGUCAAUUUACUUCGGUUCAUUUCAUGUUUGAUCAGUGGUCUAACAAUGACUUUGAUCUUUUUGUGACUAAUAAGUUGUGAAUGGUGUAUUCACGUUUUUGUGUUAUUGUGUUUUUAUAUUGAUCUUGAUGAUUUUAAAUAAAAUGACAGUAAAUAA